AGGCGGGGACUGAGAGCACGAUUGGCUGGCAGUCGGUGGGCGAGUCUUGGCCGCGUCCCUCGGGCGUUUCCCCAGUUGUCGAGUCCUUCUUAAGCAAGGCUGGAGCACUGGCCACCAAAAUCAACUUUUGAGAGCAGACAAGGCACCAACUAGCGGCGCAGGGCCUCCGCUUCGCCUCGCAGGCCGCAACUCGUUUUGGAGAGCCCCGGCCCCGGGAAGUGGCACCACCGCGCCAGUCUGGCACGUUGUUACGUUACGCACGCACCUGCAAUGAUUGGCCAGAGCCUGUGGCGUGGGCAAGCGCUGACGCGGACGAUUGGACGCGCUGUCUGGAGGCGGGGUCAGAGGGAGGGGCGCGUUGCUAGUUUUACUCGAAGAGAGCCCGAACCUUACCCUGGCUGUAUCUCGGGCUUGAGCGUUCUGGGGCACGUAAGACGUUUUGAAAUGACGUCUGAAGUAAAUAUCAGCCAUCUCGAUGAGCAACAGGUUAAACUUCUGGCAGAGAUGUGUAUUCUUAUUGAUGAAAAUGACAAUAAAAUUGGAGCUGACACCAAGAAGAACUGUCACCUAAAUGAAAACAUCGAGAAAGGAUUAUUGCAUCGAGCUUUUAGCGUCUUCUUGUUUAACACUGAGAAUAAGCUCCUGCUACAGCAGAGAUCAGAUGCUAAGAUUACCUUUCCAGGUUGUUUUACCAACACUUGUUGUAGUCAUCCAUUAAAUAACCCAAGCGAGCUUGAAGAAAAUGAGGCCAUUGGUGUGAGAAGAGCAGCACAGAGGCGUUUAAAAGCUGAAUUAGGAAUUCCCUUAGAAGAGGUUUUACCAGAAGAAAUUGAUUAUAUAACACGAAUUCACUACAAAGCACAGUCUGACAGUAUCUGGGGUGAAAAUGAAAUCGAUUACAUUUUGUUUGUGAGAAAGAAUGUAACUUUGAAUCCGGAUCCCAAUGAGAUUAAAAGCUAUUGUUAUGUGUCAAAGGAAGAACUAAGAGAACUUAUUAGAAAAGCAGCCAAAGGUGAUGUUAAGCUAACUCCAUGGUUUAAAAUUAUUGUAGAGACUUUUCUCUUUAAAUGGUGGGAUAACUUAAAUCAUAUGAGUCAGUUUAUUGACCAUGAGAAAAUACAUAGAAUGUGACUGCAUAAAUAAAUAAUAAUGUCCUUAGCUGAUGAAUGAAAAUUUUUUUGUUGUGUUGAGCUCCCUCUUAGGACAGCUUUGCCAUCAUACAUGGUUACUUUAUAGCUGGAAUUUGUGUGGAAAAAUAAGUGGCUUAUAAUUUUGUAUUAUAUACCCCACAUAUAUGCACUGCUAUUUGUUUAUGAGGUUGUUGUAAAGUGAAAAAGCAAAUAAAACUUAAUUUAACCUGUCCAAACACCUCAUUAUGACAAAUUUGAAAAAAUAAUUAAAACACUUAACUUUUUAAACUUUUUCAAAAUACUAUUUGCCAGGUGCUUUGUGUAGCAUUAAAUUUGUAUCAUAGUCCAGAAAAAUAUGUAAAAAAAAACUUAAUCCUAAUAUAUUAAACUGGCAUAGCAGCUUUAAGGGAGAUUAAGUGAUUUAAGAGUCAUCUCUCAGUAAUCAUACAGGAUUGGUUUAGGACUCCAUACUAAAAUUUUCAGGUACUAAAGUUCCUUAUAUGUAGUAAAAUGAUGUAGCAUUUACAUAUAAUCUAUGCACCCCUUCCUCUAUACUUUAAAUCUUCUUACUAAUAAUAACUAAUACUGUGUACAUGCUAUGGAACUGUUAUACUGUAUCUCUAAAAAAUCAUGACAAGAAGCCUGUAUAUAUUUGCUUUCUUCAAAUUAUUUUCAGUCCAUGGUUGAAUGCUUUGUACCCACAGAUAAGGCAACUGUAAUUCUAAUUUCUAUCAUUUCUAGUUGAUUUUGUGGUUUGAUCAUUCUGGAAGUUAUCAUUUUGAUACUUAAAGUCAACUCUUGUGGUAAUGAUGUGGUUAGACUGAAUCUUUUAAAUAGAAUUUUCCAGUUAGCAAAAUUUGUUUUGAGAAUUACACUAGACAGAAAGGAUAGUCAUAGGAAUUAGGACCUACUUUAUAAGAGUCAGCUGUUAGCAGUAUCAGCAUUUGAUGUGUAUCAUUCUUUGUUGUGGGUGCAUUUUAGGGUAAGUAGCAGCAUCUCUAGACUCUGCACACUAAGUGCAUUUAGCACCCUUCUGCUAUGACAACUAGAAUUACAUCAGAUGGCAAAUAAACAACAUAUGUCCCCUAAGGGCAGAGUCACCACCAUUUGAGAACUACUGGAAACUAUCAGGACUUAUAUUGGGAGGGAAUAAUGAAGGACUUAUGUUCAUGUUGAAUAAAUUUUGGUUGUAGUGUAUGUGUAAAUUUACAAUUGUACCCUGAUGGAGUUUUUAAAACUUGCCAUAGAUUUCUCGAAUUUGAAAUCUUAAGGUGUUUCAUUAUCUUUAAAUGCUGUAUAAUUGAUAAUGAAAAUAACGUGUUUCUUACAAAGCUAUAUGGUUUAUAAAUCACUUCUUGUUAACUCUGGAUA